AUGGCGCAAAAGACCAACCUCAAGGAGUUCGAGUCCGUGUUCCCCAAGCUCGAGGCCGUCCUCCUCGAGCAGGCCGCGAGCUUCAAGCUCCCAGGCCUUUUGGAAUGGUAUCAACGGUCCCUGCAAACCAACACCGUCGGCGGCAAAUGCAACCGCGGCAUGUCGGUGCCCGACUCCACCUCCCUCCUCCUCGAGAAGCCCCUGACGGAAGAGCAGUACUUCCAGUCCGCCACCCUCGGCUGGAUGACGGAGCUGCUGCAGGCCUUCUUCCUCGUGUCCGACGACAUCAUGGACAGCUCCAUCACGCGCCGCGGCAAGCCCUGUUGGUACCGCCACGAGGGCGUCGGCCUCGUCGCCAUCAACGACGCCUUCAUGCUCGAGACCGCCAUCUACACCCUCUUGAAGAAGUACUUCCGCGAGCACCCCCGCUACAUUGAGCUCGUCGAGCUCUUCCACGACAUCACCUUCAAGACGGAAAUGGGCCAGCUCGCCGACCUGCUGACCGCCCCCGAGGACAACGUCAACCUCGACAACUUCUCCCUCGACAAGCACUCCUUCAUCGUCAUCUACAAGACCGCCUGGUACUCCUUUUACCUGCCCGUCGCCCUCGCCCUCUACCUCCUCGACAUCGCCACCCCCGCCAACCUCAAGCAGGCCGAGGACAUCUUGAUCCCCCUCGGCGAGUACUUCCAGGUCCAGGACGACUACCUCGACAACUUUGGCCUCCCCGAGCACAUUGGCAAGAUUGGCACCGACAUCAUGGACAACAAGUGCUCCUGGCUCGUCAACGCCAACUACGGCAGCAAGGACCCCGCCAAGGAGGCUGUCGUCAAGAAGCUCUACGACGACCUCAAGCUCAAGCAGAGGUACGAGGAGUUUGAGGAGAAGAGGGCCGCCGAGAUCCGCGCCAUGAUUGACAAUGUUGAUGAGAGCGAGGGCCUCAAGAAGACUGUCUUCACCGCCUUCCUUGACAAGAUCUACAAGCGAUCCAAGUAA